UGCGCAGGUGUGCACGCCGGGGCUGGACCUGGGACCUCGGGACAUCGUAGUGAGUGAUGGGUGGUGCAGAGGCCGGAGCAGGAUUAUGACCUAGACCGGGGGCGGAGUGGAUCCUUCUGUGAGUGCUCUGGCUGCCAGCCGCUGCCUGGCGGGGCACACACCACGUCUCCAUCCAGCCCGAGUCACCUGGAUUUCUGGGGAGUGGAAACAGGCUCACGGCCACUGCUUCUGCUGGUUUUCCCCUGCAAAAUGGCUCACGCUGCUGCUUCUAUUAAAAAAGUUCGAGAGGCCGAAUUGGAUGAAAAGGAAAAAAACCUUGAGAGAGAGAGGAAAAAACAACGGAAAAUCCCCAGGGAACGCAUGGAACGGAAAAGAAAGUCUGACAGCAAUGCGAGCUUCCUCCGAGCUGCCAGAGCUGGGAACCUGGACAAAGUGGUGGAGUACCUGAAGGGAGGCAUCGACAUCAAUACCUGCAACCAGAAUGGACUCAACGCUCUCCACCUGGCGGCCAAGGAGGGCCACGUGGGGCUGGUUCAGGAGCUGCUGGGCAGAGGGUCAGCCGUGGACUCCGCUACCAAGAAGGGGAACACCGCUCUGCAUAUUGCAUCAUUGGCCGGGCAAGCCGAAGUCGUUAAAGUCCUCGUUAAGGAGGGAGCCAAUAUUAAUGCUCAGUCUCAGAAUGGCUUCACUCCCUUAUACAUGGCUGCCCAAGAGAACCACAUUGAUGUUGUGAAAUAUUUGUUAGAAAAUGGAGCUAACCAGAGCACCGCUACUGAGGAUGGGUUUACGCCCCUCGCGGUGGCCCUCCAGCAAGGACACAACCAGGCGGUGGCCAUCCUGCUGGAGAAUGACACGAAAGGGAAGGUGAGGCUGCCGGCGCUGCACAUCGCAGCGAGGAAGGACGACACCAAGUCCGCCGCCCUCUUGCUCCAGAAUGACCACAACGCGGACGUGCAGUCCAAGAUGAUGGUGAAUAGGACAACCGAGAGUGGUUUCACCCCUUUACACAUAGCGGCCCACUAUGGAAAUGUCAACGUGGCGACUCUUCUUCUAAAUCGGGGAGCUGCUGUGGACUUCACAGCCAGGAAUGGAAUCACUCCUCUGCAUGUGGCUUCCAAAAGGGGAAACACAAACAUGGUGAAGCUCUUACUGGAUCGUGGUGGUCAGAUCGAUGCCAAGACUAGGGAUGGGCUGACCCCACUCCACUGUGCUGCACGAAGUGGGCAUGACCAGGUGGUAGAGCUUCUGCUGGAGCGGGGUGCACCCUUGCUGGCAAGGACCAAGAACGGGCUGUCUCCUCUGCACAUGGCCGCCCAGGGGGACCACGUGGAGUGCGUGAAACACCUGUUGCAGCACAAGGCACCGGUGGACGACGUCACCCUGGACUACCUGACGGCCCUCCACGUUGCUGCACACUGUGGCCACUACCGUGUCACCAAACUCCUGCUGGACAAGAGGGCCAACCCCAACGCCAGAGCCCUGAAUGGUUUUACUCCACUGCACAUUGCCUGCAAGAAAAACCGCAUCAAAGUCAUGGAACUGCUGGUCAAAUACGGGGCUUCCAUCCAAGCUAUCACAGAGUCUGGCCUCACACCAAUACAUGUGGCUGCCUUCAUGGGCCACUUGAACAUUGUCCUCCUUCUGCUGCAGAACGGAGCCUCUCCAGAUGUCACUAACAUUCGAGGGGAGACCGCGCUGCACAUGGCGGCUCGCGCCGGGCAGGUGGAGGUGGUCCGGUGUCUGCUGAGGAACGGAGCCCUGGUGGAUGCCAGAGCCAGGGAGGAACAGACGCCCCUGCACAUCGCCUCCCGCCUGGGGAAGACGGAGAUCGUGCAGCUGCUCCUGCAGCACAUGGCGCACCCCGACGCGGCCACCACCAACGGCUACACGCCACUGCACAUCUCCGCCAGGGAGGGCCAGGUGGACGUGGCCUCGGUGCUCUUGGAAGCAGGUGCAGCCCACUCCUUAGCCACCAAGAAAGGCUUCACUCCCCUGCACGUGGCAGCCAAGUACGGAAGCCUGGACGUGGCCAAACUCCUUCUGCAGCGUCGCGCAGCGGCGGAUUCAGCGGGAAAGAACGGCCUUACCCCGCUCCAUGUUGCUGCUCAUUAUGACAACCAGAAGGUGGCACUGCUGUUACUGGAGAAGGGUGCUUCCCCUCACGCCACUGCCAAGAAUGGCUACACACCUCUCCAUAUUGCUGCCAAGAAAAAUCAAAUGCAGAUUGCGUCCACUCUCCUCAACUAUGGAGCAGAGACCAACAUCGUGACCAAGCAAGGGGUGACCCCACUCCACCUGGCCUCACAGGAGGGCCACGCGGACAUGGUCACCCUGCUUCUGGACAAGGGAGCCAACAUCCACAUGGCCACCAAGAGUGGGCUCACACCCCUACACCUCGCAGCCCAGGAAGACAAGGUGAAUGUUGCCGACAUUCUCUCCAAGCAUAAGGCCGACCUGGAUUCUCAUACGAAGCUUGGUUACACUCCUUUAAUUGUGGCCUGUCACUAUGGAAACGUGAAAAUGGUCAACUUCCUUCUGAAGCAGGGAGCAAAUGUCAACGCAAAAACCAAGAACGGCUACACGCCCCUGCACCAGGCCGCCCAGCAGGGCCACACGCACAUCAUCAACGUCCUGCUGCAGCACGGGGCCAAGCCCAACGCCACCACCGCGAAUGGUAACACCGCCUUGGCCAUCGCCAAGCGUCUGGGCUACAUCUCCGUGGUCGACACCCUGAAGGUGGUGACCGAGGAAGUCACCACCACCACCACGACUAUUACCGAGAAACACAAGCUAAAUGUUCCUGAGACGAUGACUGAGGUUCUUGAUGUUUCUGAUGAAGAGGGUGAUGACACAAUGACAGGUGAUGGGGGAGAGUACCUGAGACCUGAGGACCUGAAAGAGCUGGGUGAUGACUCUCUGCCCAGCAGUCAGUUCCUGGACGGCAUGAAUUACCUGCGCUACAGCUUGGAGGGAGGCCGCUCUGACAGUAUCAUGCCCAGCCUCCGAUCCUUCAGUUCCGACAGGUCUCACACCCUGAGCCACGCAUCCUACCUAAGAGACACGGCCAUGAUGGAGGACGCAGUUGUGAUUCCCGGUCACCAGGUGUCCACUCUAGCCAAGGAGGCAGAAAGGAAUUCUUAUCGUCUAAGCUGGGGCACUGAGAAUUUAGACAACGUGGCUCUUUCUUCCAGCCCAAUUCACUCAGGCCGCACCUCUCCAUGUCUUGACCGUGACAACAGCAGUUUCCUGGUUAGUUUUAUGGUGGAUGCCCGAGGGGGCGCGAUGCGAGGAUGCAGGCACAACGGGCUCCGUAUCAUUAUCCCCCCCCGGAAAUGUACAGCCCCGACCCGAGUCACCUGCCGGCUGGUCAAACGCCAUAGGCUGGCGACUAUGCCUCCGAUGGUGGAAGGAGAGGGCCUGGCCAGUCGCCUGAUCGAAGUUGGACCUUCUGGGGCUCAGUUCCUUGGUAAACUUCAUCUGCCAACGGCCCCUCCCCCACUUAAUGAGGGAGAAAGCUUGGUCAGCCGCAUCCUUCAGCUGGGGCCUCCUGGAACCAAAUUCCUUGGGCCCGUGAUUGUGGAGAUCCCACACUUUGCCGCCCUUCGCGGGAAGGAGAGGGAGCUGGUGAUUCUGCGCAGUGAGAAUGGGGACAGCUGGAAAGAGCACUACUGCGAAUACACCGAAGAGGAACUGAACGAGAUCCUCAACGGCAUGGACGAAGUCCUGGAUAGCCCCGAGGACCUGGAGAAGAAGCGAAUCUGUCGCAUCAUCACCCGGGACUUCCCACAGUACUUCGCGGUGGUGUCUCGCAUCAAACAGGACAGCAACCUGAUCGGCCCAGAGGGCGGGGUGCUGAGCAGCACGGUGGUGCCACAGGUGCAGGCCGUCUUCCCGGAGGGGGCACUUACCAAGCGGAUCCGAGUGGGCCUGCAGGCUCAACCUAUGCACAGUGAGCUGGUGAAGAAGAUUCUAGGCAACAAAGCUACCUUCAGCCCUAUUGUCACUUUGGAACCCAGAAGGAGGAAAUUCCACAAGCCAAUCACCAUGACCAUCCCUGUCCCCAAAGCUUCCAGUGACGUCAUGUUGAAUGGUUUUGGGGGAGAGGCGCCCACCUUACGAUUACUAUGCAGCAUCACUGGUGGAACCACCCCGGCUCAGUGGGAAGAUAUUACAGGAACUACGCCAUUAACAUUUGUCAAUGAAUGUGUUUCCUUUACAACCAAUGUGUCUGCCAGGUUCUGGCUGAUAGAUUGUCGGCAAAUCCAGGAGUCUGUUACCUUUGCAUCCCAAGUGUAUAGAGAAAUCAUCUGUGUCCCGUAUAUGGCCAAAUUUGUAGUGUUUGCCAAAUCCCAUGAUCCCAUUGAAGCCAGGUUGAGAUGUUUCUGCAUGACUGAUGACAAAGUGGAUAAGACCCUUGAACAACAAGAAAACUUUGCUGAGGUGGCCAGAAGCAGGGAUGUGGAGGUAUUAGAAGGGAAGCCCAUUUAUGUUGAUUGUUUUGGCAAUCUGGUGCCAUUGACCAAGAGUGGCCAACAUCAUAUAUUCAGUUUUUUUGCCUUCAAAGAAAACAGACUUCCUCUCUUUGUAAAGGUACGUGACACAACUCAGGAACCUUGCGGAAGACUAUCAUUCAUGAAGGAGCCAAAAUCCACGAGAGGCCUGGUCCAUCAAGCUAUCUGCAACUUGAACAUCACGCUGCCAGUCUAUACAAAGGAGUCAGAGUCAGAUCAAGAACAGGAGGAAGAGAUCGAUAUGACAUCAGAAAAAAAUGAUGAGACAGAAUCUACAGAAACAUCUGUCCUGAAAAGUCACCUGGUGAAUGAAGUUCCUGUCUUGGCCAGUCCGGACUUGCUCUCGGAAGUUUCUGAGAUGAAACAAGAGUUGAUCAAGAUGACGGCCAUCUUGACCACAGAUGUGUCUGGCAGGGCAGGUUCCGUGAAAGUGAAGGAGCUGGCGAAGGCAGCCGAGGAGGAGCCAGGAGAGCCUUUUGAAAUCGUCGAACGAGUUAAAGAGGACUUAGAGAAAGUGAAUGAGAUUCUGAGAAGUGGAACCUGCAGCCGAGACGAAGGUGGUGCGCCCAGGUCCCAGAUAGAGAGAGAAUUAGCGGAGGAGGAAUGGGUUAUUGUCAGUGACGAGGAGAUAGCGGAGGCGAAGCAGAAGGCAGCUCUAGAAAUGCCGGAAUACCCGUGCGUAGAAGUCAGGCUAGAAAAAGGAGCCAAAGUCAAAGUAGACAAGGACCCAACCGGGCUAGUGAACUACCUGGCUGAGGAUCUAAAUUCCUUUGCGCUGCCACACAAAGGGCGAGCGCAGAGCGUGGGUGAUGCAGCCGGGGACAGACCUGAGGCCCUGGCUGAACACGGAGGGAAGGACGCUCCCCCAGGCCAGACCCCGAGUGCACAGAAACAGCACAAACCCAGCCCGGGCAUAAAGAAGCCCGUGAGAAGGAAAUUGAAAGAGAAGCAGAAACCCAAAGAGGAUCGUUUGCAAACUAGUGCCGAUAAAACGGAGUUUAAAAAAUGUAGUUCGGAAGAGUCACUAGAGGAGGACACGGGUCUGACCCCGGAGCCUCUUCCCACAGCGAAGGCCACGUCACCUUUGAUAGAAGAAACUCCCAUCGGCUCCAUAAAGGACAAAGUAAAGGCCCUUCAGAAACGAGUGGAAGAUGAACAGAAGGGUCGAAGCAAGUUGCCCGUCAGGGUCAAAGGCAAAGAGGACAUGCCCAAAAAGACAACCCACAGGCCGCAGGCCUCUGUGUCGCCCUCCCUGAGGCAUUCACCAGUCUCCCCCUCGCCUAAAACGGAAAGACAUUCUCCCCUCUCCUCUGCUAAAACAGACAAGCAUCCCCCUUCCCCGUCAAGUAAAACCGAGAAACACUCACCCGUGUCCCCUUCCGCAAAAACCGAAAGACACUCGCCCAUGUCGUCCUCCAGUAAAACGGAGAAGCACUCACCUGUGUCACCCUCAACCAAAAAUGAAAGACAUUCCCCUGUGUCAUCUUCCGCAAAAGCAGAGAGACACCUACCUGUUUCGCCUUCAGGUAAGACAGACAAACGUCCACCUGUAUCACCCUCCGGGCGGACGGACAAACACCCACCAGUGUCACCUGGGAGAACAGAAAAACGCCUGCCCGUGUCACCCUCUGGAAGGAUGGAGAGGCACCCUCCAGGACCCGCCCCGGGGAGAACGGAGAAGCACCUGCCUGUGUCCCCUGCUGGGAAGACGGAAAAGCCACCACCUGUCUCCCCCACCUCCAAGACAGAACGGAUCGAGGAGACCAUGUCUGUCCGGGAGUUGAUGAAAGCUUUCCAGUCGGGUCAGGACCCGUCUAAACACAAGACUGGGCUCUUUGAGCACAAAGCAGCCAAGCAAAAGCAGGGACAAGAGAAAGGCAAAGGGCGGGUGGAGAAAGAAAAGGGGCCAACACCAACACACAGAGAAACCCAGAAAUCAGAGAGCCAGACGCUCAAACGGGGCCAGAGGUUCCUGGUGACGGGCGCGUCAGAGUCCAAAAGAGGGCUCCGGGUCUCCUCCCUAGGGCUAAGGAGAGAGGAAGCAGCUGGAGAAAAGGAGAAAACUCCCAACCACAAAACACCUGAACCUGUUCAGCCGGCCCCAGAAGAGGAAAGCCAUAAAGAGGGCGACAUCCCCAGAGACCAGCUGGCUGAGGAGCAGGCAGACCUGGAUCUGCAGAUCAGCCCAGACAGGAAAACCUCCACGGACUUUUCCGAGGUCAUUAAGCAAGAGUUGGAAGACAACGACAAGUACCAGCAAUUCCGUUUGAGCGAAGAGCCUGAAAAGGCCCAGAUUCACUUAGACCAAGUGCUCACCAGUCCUUUCAACACGACAUUCCCGCUAGAUUACAUGAAAGACGAGUUCCUGCCGGCUCUGUCUGUACAGAGUGGCGCUCUCGAUGGCAGCUCUGAGAGCCUCAAGCAGGAAGGGGUGGCAGCUUCUCCCUGCGGGAGCCUGAUGGAAGGGACCCCCCAGGUUAGUUCAGAAGAAAGCUAUAAGCACGAGGGGCUAGCCGAGACCCCCGAGACCAGCCCGGAGAGCCUGUCUUUCUCACCGAAGAAAGGUGAAGAGCAAACUGGGGAACCAGAUGGAACUAGCAAGUUAGAAGCACCAGUAGAGGCCCGUUCUGAAAAAGAACACCCCUCAGUCAAAGACAUGACCACUGGUUCUGAGCCAGACACCGCCGUCACUGUGGGCACGGAGCCUCCUGCUGAGUGCAGGCCCAAGGAGGCCACUGGCGACCCCUCCGAGGACACCAACCGCGAGCAAGAGGGCGAUUGCCCUGGCAGCUGUAGUGUGCCAUUAGCAAAAGAAACGCCCCAAGGACUGAUAGAGGAUGAGUCCUGUGAUGAGGGGCAACUUGGGCAAGUUAGUUCAGCCCACAAGGCACAAACUGAGAGUGCCUCUCAGGAACCCACGACCACAGAACCCGCAGAUGAGACCCAGACCUCACCGCCACUGCCCGAGGCUUCUGUAAAGUCAGAGGCAGGGACGGGGACUGAGGCCAAGCCCCAGGGAGCCAUUAGAAGCCCCCAAGGGCUAGAACUUGCCCUCCCUUCCCGAGACAGUGAGGUCCUCAGCCCUGGAGCUGAUGAAUCCUUUGCAGUGAGCCACAAAGACUCGCUGGAGGCCAGCCCCGUGCUGGAGGAUAACUCCUCUCACAAAACCCCAGACUCUCUGGAACCCAGCCCUCUGAAAGAAUCCCCUUGCCGAGACUCUCUAGAAAGCAGCCCAGUAGAACCAAAGACAAAAGCUGGCGUGCUGCCAAGUCACUUUCCUCUACCUGCAGCCAUGGCUAAAGCAGAACUCUUGGCAGAAGUGGCCUCUGUGCGGUCCAGGCUGCUCCGGGACCCCGAUGGCAGUGCCGAGGAUGACAGUCUGGAGCAGACGUCACUCAUGGAGAGCUCGGGGAAGAGUCCCCUGUCUCCCGACACCCCCAGCUCUGAAGAGGUCAGCUAUGAGGUGACCCCCAAAGCCACAGAGGCAAGCACUCCCAAACCAGCAGUGAUUCAUGAAUGUGCAGAGGAGGAGGACUCAGAAAAUGGGGAGAAAAAGAGGUUCACACCCGAAGAGGAAAUGUUUAAAAUGGUAACUAAAAUCAAAAUGUUUGAUGAACUUGAACAAGAGGCAAAGCAGAAAAGGGACUACAAAAAAGAACCCAAACAAGAAGAAUCUUCGUCAGCCUCUGACCCAGAUGCUGAUUGUUCAGCAGAUGCUGAAGAGCCAAAACCCUUGGAGUAUGUUGAGGGGGAAGGCAGUGUUCCCAUGGUGGUAACAUCGGAGAGCAGAAAGCCGUCUUCCUCCUCAGAAAGUGAACCUGAGUUGACACAGCUGAAAAAAGGUGCUGACUGUGGCCUCUUACCAGAACCUGUUAUUCGAGUACAGCCCCCGUCCCCACUUCCAUCCAGCAUGGACUCCAACUCCAGUCCCGAGGAAGUGCAAUUCCAGCCGAUAGUUUCCAAACAAUAUACCUUCAAGAUGAAUGAAGAUACGCAGGAAGGCUCAGGUCAAGCAGAAGGAACAGAUUGUGAAUCCCAUGUGCCUGAAGACAAUCAUGGUGUUUGCACCAGUGGACCAGCUGUGUCUUAUAAUGAUCUCAAUAAAGAUGCCGAUCAACCAAAAAUCUGCGAAGGUCAUGGGUGUGAGGCUAGCAGCCCCAGCAGCUCAGCCACACCUGGUGGUUCAGGUCUUCAGAGUCCUCCUGGCCGUGAUGUCAGUAAAGAGCAAGACGUCCGUAAGGGAUCCUUAGUUCUCCAGGGCACUGAUGAAGAAGACUCAAAAGCUGAGGAGAUUGAGGUUUCUGAAAUGGAAUCCCCACAAGUAGAUUCCCCCAGGCAAAGUUGUUCAUCUUUGUCCUCUUUGCCUCAUUGUCCGGCAUCCACAGGAAAAGAGUUAGAUGAAGCCUCUGUAUCUUCUACUACAAAAAUGGAGGCCACAGACACUGAGGAAACUUUGGAGGAUCUACCAAAAGACUGCUCCACUCAAGGCUCAUCGGUUACGGCUCAGACAGACAGAUUGUCCACGGAUGCUCUGGCCUCUGGCUCUGCUGAGACUGAUGACACUUAUGACCCAGAAAUCAUAAGUCCUUAUGAAAAUGUCCCUUCCCAAUCCUUUUUCUCUAGUGAAGGAAACAAAACCCAAGCAGAGGCAGGACACACAACUUUUCACUCUUCUGAAGUGUAUGCCGUUACCAUCGCAUCCUCUGGUGAAGACGUCGUUAUGACGAGCUCCUCUAGCAGAACUGUUUUGAGUAGAGAAUCUAACUUUCAGGGUGAGAACUCAGAAAUAACAUCCCAUCAAGAGAGUACCUUGUGGGAAAUGCAAUCAGACAGACCCCUCUCAUCUUCAGAGACCACUAUAGCAGACGCAUCAGUAGUCGUCGGAGAACAGAUAAGCAAAGUCAUCAUCACAAAAACUGACGUGGACUCUGAUUCUUGGAGUGAAAUCCGUGAGGAUGAUGAAGCCUUUGAGGCACGAGUGAAAGAAGAGGAGCAAAAGAUAUUUGGUCUGAUGGUAGACAGACAGUCACAAGGUACCACCCCUGACACCACUCCUGCCAGGACCCCAACUGAGGAGGGGACCCCAACCAGUGAACAAAAUCCAUUUCUCUUUCAGGAAGGAAAAUUAUUUGAGAUGACCCGAAGCGGUGCCAUUGAUAUGACUAAAAGGUCUUAUGCAGAUGAAAGCUUUCACUUUUUCCAAAUUGGGCAAGAAUCGAGGGAUGAGAUGCUCUCUGAAGACCUGAAGGAAGGGGCUGCUGGGUCUGAGUCCCCACAACUGGAGACGUCGUCUGGGUCACUAGCACUUUCAGAAUCAAAAGAAACAGUGGCUGAUGAAGUAGACUUACUUCCCGAUGACCUGGCUGAGGAAGUAGAGGAAACCUCUGCUUCAGAAGCUCAGCUUAACUCCUCAGUGGGGAGCUCAGCCUCCACUGAAACAUCAACCAAAGAGGCUUCUUCUUCAGGGGUGGAGGAUGUCCCCACCAUGCACAUGGGUGAUACACCCCCUCUGUCCAGUGUGAAGCAGACACCUUGCUCUGAAUCCCCUGAACAGGUUGUACAAGUUCAGUUAGAUUUUGCUACAGUCACUCGGUCUGUAUAUUCAGGGCGGGAUGAGGAAUCACCCGAUUCUUCCCCAGAGGAACAGAAAUCAGUCAUUGAAAUCCCUACUGCACCCAUGGAGAACGUGCCUUCUACUGAAAGCAAAUCCAAAAUUCCUGUUAGGUCACUAGCCAUUUCAACCCCAAAGCCUCCAUCGACAGAGCUCAAGAGUUCCCUUUCUGAAGAGUGUGUGUCCAGCCUGGAUGAGGAAAACAAAGAGGAUGAAACUAAACCAAAGUCUAAAGUUCCCAUCAGAGCACCCAUCCAAACAGUUGAACAGCAGCUUUUGCAUCAAGAGUCAUCUCUCCAGCAGACAGUGGCUCUUCAGGGACAGGAUAUGCCAAACAGAGCGCCGGACAGCAGGAGCAAAUCUGAAUCUGAUGCCAGCCCUUUGGACUCAAAGACCAAAUGUCCAGUGAAAACUAGAAGUGACACUGCGACAGACACACAAAAUGGAGAGAGGGCAGAGGAGUCUGAGGUAGAGUCAGAAGACGGGGCCACAAGACCAAAGAUAUUUGCAUCCCGACUGCCAGUGAAGAGCAGAAGCACCAACUCUUCCUCCAGAGGGGCUGUGAGCCCCACCAAAGAAAGUAAGGACCAUUUCUUUGACAUUUACCGAAACUCCAUAGAAUUCUUUGAGGAGAUUAGUGACGAGGCUUCCAAGUUAGUGGAUAGACUCACACAGUCGGAAAGGGAGCAGGAACUAGUUUCAGAUGAUGAAAGUAGCAGUGCCUUGGAUGUGUCCGUAAUCGAAAAUCUGCCACCUGUUGGGACCGAGCACUCAAUCCCCGAGGACAUCUUUGACACAAGGCCCAUUUGGGAUGAGUCCAUUGAGACUCUGAUUGAACGCAUCCCUGAUGAAAAUGGCCAUGACCCCACUGAAGAUCAACAGGAUGAGCAGGAACGGAUCGAGGAAAGGCUGGCUUAUAUUGCUGAUCACCUGGGCUUCAGCUGGACAGAAUUGGCGAGGGAGCUGGAUUUCACUGAGGAGCAGAUUCAUCAGAUCCGAAUCGAGAAUCCUAACUCUCUGCAAGACCAGAGCCACGCACUGCUGAAGUACUGGCUGGAGCGGGACGGGAAGCAGGCGACAGAUGUCAGUCUCAUCGAAUGUCUCACCAAGAUCAACCGAAUGGACAUUGUUCACCUCAUGGAUACCAGCACAGAGCCCCUGCAGGAGCGCCUCAGCCACAGCUAUGCUGAGAUGGAGCAGACCAUCGCCCUGGACCACAGCGAAGGAUUCUCGGUGCUUCCAGAGGAACUCUGCACUGUGCCAUGCAAGCAGAAAGAAGAGCCAGCCGCUUGUAAAGAAGGCGAAUCCUCCGAUCACCCUCCCAUCGUCUCCGAGGAAGACAUUUCUGUUGGCUAUUCCACUUUUCAGGAUUGUGUCCUCAAAACUGAGGGGGACGGCUCAGCCACAGAGCUCUUUGCCCACACUCCCAAGGAUCAAGUGCAACAGGAUUUCUCAGGGAAAAUGCAAGACCUGCCAGAAGAGUCACCUCCUGAACGUCAGCAGGAAUACUUUGUGACUUCCCCAGGGACAGAAGUGUCAGAGCCCAGGGCCGCGGCAGUCUCGGGUUCCCCCAGCCAGACCCCUGAGGAAGUCAGUACCCCUCCUGACGGGGAGCGGCCCUACCUCCAGACCCCGGCCCCCAAUGAGCGGGGAGACUCCCCCAUUAUACAAGAACCCGAGGAGCCCCCAGAGCACAAGGAAGAGCACUCUCCCCGGAAAACCAGCCUGGUCAUCGUGGAGUCCACUGACGAGCAGCCCCGGGCCCUGAAAAGAGCCGAUGAUGAUGCAGCCUUUGUAAAGGAGCUAACGCAGGAAUUAGGGGAGCUGGAGGUCAGCUCAGAUGAGGAGACCAUGGUAACUACCAGGGUGGUUCGCCGGCGAGUGAUCAUUCAGGGUGAUGAUAUGCCCGAUAUACCCCCGGAAACGGUCACAGAAGAAGAAUACGUGGAUGAGCAGGGACACACGGUGAUAAAGAAGGUUACCAGGAAGAUCAUUAGGCGGUACGUCUCCUCGGAUGGCACAGAAAAGGAGGAGAUUACCAUGCAGGGAACACCCCAGGAGCCAGUGAGCCUGGAGGAUGGGGACGGUUAUUCCAAAGUCAUAAAGCGCGUCGUCCUGAAGAGUGACUCGUCACAGUCAGAGGUGACUUUGUCUGAGCCCAGCGUUUUGUCCAGUACCUCAGAGUUUCAGGCUGAACCAGUGGAAGGCCGUAGAGUCAGCAAAGUUGUUAAAACAACUAUGGUUCAUGGAGAGAGGAUGGAGAAACACCUGGGGGAUGCUAGGUUAGCCACUGAUCUUCCUUCAGCCAAAGAUGACUUUGAAGAGGACAACAAUGAGUAAGGCCAGCACACAGAAGAAGGCUGUGGUGAAGGACCAGCAUGGAAAACGCAUUUACCUGGAGCACCUGGAGGAUGUACCGGAAGCACUAGACCAGGACGACCUCCAGCGUGACCUCCAGCGCCUCCUUCGGCAUUUCAGCAAGGAGGACUUCAAGCAAGAGGCCAAAUGAGGGGCUGCCCAGUUCUCACCCCAGAAACCACAUUCACUCAAUAUGCAACUUCCCGUUUUCUCUAGCAGAGUGACCUGUCAGGCCUAAUCUGCGAGGUACCUGGCCGUUCCACUUUUAGCAAAUACACUGCGUUUUAUUUCAGUUUCCCCCCUCCUCUUUAACUGUAAGCUAAUUUGUGACCAAAGAUAGCGUCCCUCAUUCUGGAUGCUGUAUCCACUUCCCUGCUGGGUCUGUGCUAACCUGGGAACUGGCCACCCGUUCGUUCUUGGCUUCUGCACAAGCUCCAUGGACACCCAUUCGUCGUCAGAACUUCACCGACAGACCUCUUCAAGUGACGGUAUCUCGGAGUCUCUCGGAGGGACGUCCGUGUACAAUGUAAAUAGCUAAAAUGCUCAGACGAACGACACGUUAAAACUUAAACCACUGCCUAUCAUAACUACACUGGGCAUCAAGGAAUAAAACGCCUCUAGAAAUGGCUGGACCGUGGUUCACCAAGAUAUUGCUAACACAAUCGAUUGAUAACACAGUUCUACUGCAGAGAAGCACUUCAGACCUACCAUGUCCUUAGAACUUCCAGAGUAGCCAUGGCUCCUAGUUACACAUGGAUUCCUAACCUCCAGGAGCUCCCCUAACUACGCCCUGGUGCUGGUGCGGGCCAGCCAUGGUUUCGAACUCUUCCCCCAGCCAGUCUGAGGAGGGCAGGAAGGGAGCAGACGGCGAACAGCAAAUCAAUGUGGGAGCUGCUGGGAGCUGCGUGCUCUGCUCACAGGUCUUUUCAGGUCUUUUCGAUUUUGAACAUGUUGGCAGGGUAUUUUAAAAAGCUAUAACUACUGUAGUUUUUCCAGUUUUCAUUGCUGCUUUAGCAAACCACGCUGUCUUAUUGGUGGUACCAUCUUCAGGCCACUGCACUGUAGAUAACUCAUUGGAAACGAGAUUGAUCUACCACACAAAAGGAUCAACUCCUCCCGCCAUGUUGGCGCAGUUUCUUUUUCUCCCCCCCCACGCCCCACUCAGUUUAUAUCUUCUCCGAUACCUGCAUGGAGCGUUUAAGACAUGAGACCCACUCUCAAACCCCUCUUCCGAUCUCAUUUACGAACGGGUUUCAUUCUUUUGACCCGGAAGCAAGCACUUUUUCAAUGUUUCAGCUCAGUCUGUUUUUUUAGCCGCAGACAAGGUUGAGACAUCCUGACAAAUUCGGUCUCGGUGAACAUUUUUUGGUUUAUUUAUUUGAAAUCCAAACUCCCUUGGGAACCCUGAAGUGCGUUUGUGCAUUUUCCUGUUCGUUUGUUUCAAAGAACGGACUUGAAUCAUCUGAGUGAUUUCCAAGUCCGCUUCCUUAUUUCUCUAGUGAUUGAAGCUGUGUAGCAUUUUCACAUAUAUAUAUUCACAAAUAUAUUCCUAUAAACAGUAUACAGUUUGAAUCAGUUAUUUGUUAAAGAAAAGUAUAUUCAACAAAGACGAAAUUAAAAACAACAGCAACAAACACCAACAGUCCCAGAGUCUCUCCUCCAGGGCUUGAAUGAUUUCCAACUCGAUCCGGUCUUUUCCUGUUGUGCAAAAGUGACUCGUGGCUCUAAAUGUCCAGAACAAAUGCGACAAACAAUGGUUCUUCAUCAUGUCAAGUAACGAUGCCAAGAGAGAACAUUUCCCAGGAGGGAGGUUCCCCACAAGCUGACUCUUCCUAAGCCUCGGAUGCUAGCACUUUCUGGCAGUUAGACGGGAAAUCAAGCUUCCCGGGACGGCCCUUGUGCCCAUGGGCCACGGUGACGCUUCGUUAGACACACCACGGCCUGCCUGUCAAUACCUUCACGGGAGCUCCGGAAAAGCAUACUGUCGUGUUCCUUGCAGUGCAGAUGAUGUCUGUGUAACAACAUAAUGGUUAUUCACCUUCUUUGAUUUUGAUUUUUGCUGUGUAAUCAAAAAAACUUGAAUACUGUGAGAAGAAGUGAAUUUUCAGUUGAUGAAUCAGCAUCUUGUUCCCAUGGUGAUAACACUAAUUGAAUAUAUCUAUGAGGGCAUGUAUUAGUUAAUGGAAAAAAAAAUACAGCACUAACAAUACAUAGCUGCAAUGUGUACAAUGGCUGAUUUAACUCAAUAAAAUGUACAAGUGUUCAGUGUGGCAA